GCUGAGUCCAAGGCUGCGACCAAAGUUGCUCGCUCGCACACUUUCUCAGACUCUCUCUCCUCUCCUCGUUCGCUCUUCCCUCGCGCUUGCACGGGCCCGACAGGGGCCUCGGCACGUGUGGAGCGUGCGACCAGGCAUUGCUGCAUUCAAGAGCAAGAACUGCCCCAGGCCCCAGGCGGCUCCCGGCUCUGAGCCGAGUCUAGGAAGUGAAGUGCAGUGCAGUGAACUGAACUGAACUGAAGAGAGGCGAGCGAGGCGAGGCGAGGCGAGGCGAAGCUGUCUGUCGAGAAUCCAGAAGGGAAGCGAGGACAGGCGACGAGCAGAGGAGAGGAGGGGAAGGCCAAAAGUUGUCCAACGAUCUGCUCCUCGCAGCUCUUGUACUGAGGAAAGGAUAGACGUGUGCAUCGAAGGAGGUACAGAGUUUGCCGAGAGUGGAAACUCGAAGAGAGGAAAGAGCGAGCUGGUGAGCAAAGAGGAGAGAGAGAGAGAGAGAGGGAGAGAUAGAGAGAGCAGAGAGCAGAGCAGAGGGACGGACGAAUAGAAGGUAGUGCAGUGCAGGGAGGGAGGGAGGGAGGGGGAGGCCGAGAUGGCUUCCAGCAUUGAAAGCGGCCGUGGACUCGCAGCUCACUCCUCUCGAUUGCUCAUGGUCUGUUGGCUCUGCUGCGUCGCGAUCUUGCAUUCCGCCCAAGCUCUCGAAACGAGAAUAGAUGCGUUGCAGGCGGUGUGGUGCGCUCUGGACUUAGGGGAAGUGAGUUUCGGAGGCGUGAAGGAAGCCUGCCACGGUGCUAUGCCGGAGAAGAAGCGAUGUUGUCCCGUGCUCGCCGCGUGGGUUUACGCUGCGGAUGCUCGAUUGGCGUUGUCUCCUCCGGCAAACAGCGGCCGCAACAAUUCUGCCACGAGCGCCGACGUCACUUCGAAUUGUAUCAGCAGCUUGGAAUCGGCACUUCAGGCGAAAGGAGCUCUCUUCGACACCGGAAAUUCCUCGUGUGAUCCCGUGGUUUGCUACUGCGGCAUCCACCUGACGGAGAUCAACGACAACAGCUGUCCGUUCAAUGACUUUCGAAGUGGCGUUGAGUCCAGAAGCCCUUCCAUCGUGCGCAGCUCCCUCGAAGACAGCUGCCGAGUCUCGACUUACGAAGGCUGCACAGCUUGCGUCGACACACUCGAAAAUUCGGAGACGGCGUCGCAGUUCACCACCAACCCGUCGCUGAACGCCACGGAGGAGUACUGCAAGCUGAUGGGACUCAUGUGGCUGCUUUACACCAACCGGACGGCGUACAUUCCCACCGUGUCGUCCGUUUUGAGGGCCAUCAUGUACUCGAACGACACCCACGAGGUUCCGCAGUGCAGUCCCAACUCGGAGAACAUGCCGCUCGCGACGACCGGCAUCCGAUUCAUAGCCGCGGCGUCGCAAGGCGCCAGUCAUGGCGUCCGGACGCUGGUCCAGUUCAUUCUCGUCCCUGGAACUCUGAUCCUCAUGGCGCUCAUCGGGCAAGUCUCUUGACGCAGUUGUGACAGCGGACCCGUCUCGUCGCAAAUCACUCAAUCUCAUCGGACACUCGAAGCAACCGGUCCGAGUGUUUACACUGUCCGAGCCAAUUCGUCCUCGGCUUCAACUUUCAUGUGAACCGGGUGUGCAUAGGGAGAAAUCCAAUCCAUCGUUGAUAGUCGGGGCAGACUGCGUUACUCGCACCACAUUAUGCGCUUGGUGACUGCGUCCGCCGCCGAUCAGCGUCAACUGUGGGCCAUUGUUCAUAUUCCAUUCAAGCGAACGUAGUUGAGUAUCGAGACUCCCUCCCUCGUUGGGGAAGGGAAGAGACCCGCGCAACGUAGGCAGGCAGCGAUCAUUCAGUCUGUCGGUCGGUCUCUGUGUUUUAGACGCUAAGAUGCGGAAUUUACUCUGAUUAGCUUCCUGUAGGAUGGAUGGCAUAGCAGAGAGCAGAGCAGAGAAACGGGCUUAUUGAGUUCAGUUCUCGAACGAUCGAACGAUCGAUCAAUGUAUUAUCCUGGCCCGGGCGGCAAGAAAAAGUAUGUGCCACUCUGUACCAAUGUUGCA